AAAUUCUCCUUUUCCCUCAGACAGUGCGAAGAGAACUAAGCAGAGCGCGAUGAGCCAGGAGCCCUUUCCGUGCGGUGCAGGAGCCCAGCGCCAGCAGCCACGGCCGGGGCCGGGAUCGCGGCUCGCUCCGGGGAUCCCUGGCGCACCGGCGGCAGCGGGAGCGGUGUCCGCAGCCGCAUUACGGUCCCGGUUCCCUGCGACCUCCGCCGGAGCCGGACCGCGGGGCCGGCGCCGUCCGGGGGCUCCGCAGCGCCUCUGGCCGCGGCGCCUCCCCCGCCUCGACCCGGGGGGCGGCCCCGGGAGCCCUGGGGGCGGGCGGGGGGGGCCGUGCCGGUGACGUCGGGUUUGCAGCAGCCCCGAGCGGCAGCGGGCGGGCGGGCGAGCCCCAGCCCCCGCCGCCCGGUGCUGCGGCAGAGGGCGGCGGGCCGGGAGCCGAACCGGAGAGCGCCGCCGAAGAGGACUCCGGCGGCGCCAGGAUGUAGGCGCGGGGCGGCGGGGAGCUGCCGCCGGCGACGGGCUCGCCAUGAAGAAGCAUUCGGCCAGGGUGGCCCCGCUCAGCGCCUGCAACAGCCCCGUCCUCACCCUCACGAAAGUGGAAGGGGAUGAGCGCUCCCGGGAGUCUCCAGCCCCAGCCGAAGCACAGAUGCAAGCUGGGGCGGAAGGCAGUGGAAGGGUGAGCCGCUGCUGCUGGAAAUGUUCCGUGACGCAACUCAAGAAGAUUUUCUGGGGUGUGGCCGUGGUCCUGGGUGUCUGCUCCUCUUGGUCGGGUUCAACGCAGCUAGCAAAACUGACCUUUAAGAAAUUCGAUGCGCCCUUCACUCUAACGUGGUUUGCAACAAACUGGAACUUUUUAUUCUUUCCUUUGUAUUAUCUUGGACAUGUUUUUAAGUCAGCUGAAAAGCAGUCUCCAAAGCAAAGAUACAGGGAGUGCUGCCGAUUUUUUGGAGACAAUGGCUUGACUUUGAAGGUGUUUUUUACCAAGGCAGCACCCUUUGGUGUUCUUUGGACACUCACAAACUACCUUUACUUACAUGCAAUAAAGAAAAUAAACACUACGGAUGUCUCCGUGUUGUUCUGCUGCAACAAAGCUUUUGUGUUCUUGCUUUCAUGGAUCGUUCUGAGGGACAGGUUCAUGGGAGUGAGGAUCGUGGCUGCUAUAUUUGCUAUUGCAGGGAUAGUUAUGAUGACGUAUGCCGAUGGGUUUCACAGCCACUCCGUUAUUGGGAUAGCCCUGGUGGUGGGCUCUGCCUCAAUGUCUGCUCUCUACAAGGUUUUAUUCAAACUUCUUUUGGGCAGUGCUAAAUUUGGAGAAGCUGCCUUAUUCCUGUCUGUGUUAGCUGUCUUCAACGUCCUCUUCGUUACCUGUAUUCCUGUCAUCCUUUAUUUUACCAAAGUGGAGUACUGGAGCUCUUUUGACAUCAUUCCUUGGGGGAACCUCUGCGGAUUUUCAAUUCUCUUAUUGACAUUCAAUAUUCUACUAAACUUUGGGAUUGCUAUUACCUACCCCACCUUGAUUUCUCUUGGAAUUGUACUGAGUGUCCCAGUGAAUGCAGUUGUUGAUCACUACACGAGUGAAAUUGUCUUCAAUAGUGUCCGAGUAAUCGCCAUCAUCAUUAUUGGCCUGGGCUUCCUCCUGUUGCUCUUGCCAGAGGAAUGGGAUGUCUGGGUAAUAAAGCUCCUCACACGUCUCAAAGUCCGGAAGAAGGAAGAAAUUCCUGAAGGGAAUGGAGACAUUGCUUCAGGACUGCCUAAUAAAAGCCGGAGAACUCGCCCUUCCAUGUCAUCCUUUGCUCAUUAAAUGCUCUUUU